UCAUGUACUUCCGGGUUGUAUAUGGCGACUCUGUAGUAAUCCGUAUAGGUUCGACAACAUUGAUGUUUCUGAAAAUGUUCCAUUUAAAUAUCUUACCGCGGUUUAGAUUUCUCUCAAGAAAUCAUCAGAUAUUCAGACACAUCCAUCUAGGCAGCGUUUAUUUCCUUAGCAGCUGUCAGACAUCAUUAGCAUCUGCUCUGAAAAGCAGACACCGUUUACUGCAGUCAAGCCAGAGGACGUCCUUAACAUAUGGGAUAAAUCAGAGUCGACCUUGCGUAUAUGGACGAUGUUAUUCCUCGCAGCUGGGCAGCACUGAGGACGUUCUGAUCUACACUGGCAAUCUGGGCAAGGCCGUGCUCGGUGUGAAGUUUUUCUCAUACUCCAGCAGCAUGUUUAGCUUGUGCCUGAUGCCCCUCAUCCUCACGAAGACGGGAAUCGGUGUGAGCAGCUUUGCGAUGAAGGCUGCGUUCUGUGGUUUUAUCGGCUUCUUCACCUUCCUGACACCGGUCCUGCUCCACCUUAUCACCAAAGGCUACGUGGUGCGCUUGUAUCACAACAGAGAGACGGACAUGUACACAGCUGUCACGUACAACGCGCUGCUGGUGGAGAAGAAGACCAUGUUUCACCAGAGUGAUGUGAAAGUCCCGGAUGUGAGCCGCAUGUUCACUAGUUUCUAUGCCAAGAAGAAGUCGAUGCUCAUAAACCCAAUGCUGUUUGAUGUGCCACAUGAUUACAAUCACCUCAUGGGCUACGAUCGGCCUUUUACCUUCGACCCCGAGGACAUAAAUAAACCUGAUUAAAAUUA